AUUUGCCCUGCCCGCAGCGACUUCGCCCGUGAGCCCAGCUCCACAACGCUGCACCGUUGGGAUCGUUCCUUCACGGCACCAACCUUCUCAGAAGUUAUCGGACAUUGGGCGAUGGGCUGCAUAAUACUUUCAUGCAGGUUGCAUUGACUGUUCUUUCAUUUCCAGAGGGCCAGAUCGCAAUGACAGUGGAGUGAUGCGAUGAGUAGGCUCAGACAUGCCUUACGUGGAUCGGCAGAACCGUAUCUGUGGCUUCCUGGACAUCGAGGAGAAUGAGAACAGCGGAAGGUUCCAGCGCCGAUACUUCAUCCUGGACACCCAGGAGGGCAGUCUGGUCUGGUACAUGGACAACCCUCAGAACCUGCCGCUGGGCAUGGAGCCGGUCGGCUCGCUCAAGCUGGCCUACGUCUCUAAGGUCAGCGACGCCACCAAACUGCGGCCCAAGGCGGAGUUCUGCUUUGUCAUUAAUGUUGGGAUGAGGAAGUUUUUCCUGCAGGCCAAUGACCAGCAGGACCUGGUGGAGUGGGUAGACGUUCUCAAUAACGCCACAAAGAUCACAGUGCCAAAAUCUUGCGAUGUCCCACGAGCUGCCGAAAACAUCGCAGGUACAAAGAAGCAGGCCUCCUACAAGACGGAGAUUGUUGCUGGAGUACCCGUUAUCACCAUGACGCAGCAGGAAGGGUCCGACGGGCAGAACGAGGGCAGCCGAGAGGAGGCGAAGAGGGCCUACAGCCAGCUGCCCUACUUCCUGAGGAGAACCUCGCAGGACCAGAUUGCCAUCAAGUCCGGCUUCUGCGUCAAGCAGGGCGCCGUGAGGAAGAACUGGAAGCGAAGAUAUUUCCUGUUGGAGGAAAACUCUUUGAGCUAUUUCAGAUCAGACAUGGAUAAGGACCCAUUGCGAAUAAUCCCACUGAAAGAAGUUCAUAAAGUUCAGGAGUGCAAACAAAGUGACCUCAUGAUGAGAGAUAAUCUUUUUGAAGUUGUCACUGCAAACAGGACCUUUUAUAUUCAGGCGGACAGUCCAGAGGAGAUGCACAGCUGGAUAAAGGCCGUCUCAGGCGCCAUCGUGGCACAGCGUGGACCAGGCCGAGCUGCAGCCUCCGAGCAGAGCGACCGUUCCUCCUCUUCCAUGUUCUACCGCAGAGACCCGUCAGCAUCUACAGUACCACCCUACCCACAAUUCCCUGUUCUUCAGCCCCCUAUCAACCCGCCACCUUACAGUGCCCGCCCGCAGCCUGGGCUGGGACAGCAAGUUGUUCCUGAGUCUCCUGCCCCGCCCCAGCCACGCCCGCGCCCACCUGUGGCUUCAGGAGACCAGGCUUUCCAAGUGAGUGAAGAGUCACCUUGGAGACGGCGCAGCAACUACGUGGAAGGUCCCUCCGUGCCGCCCCCCCUCGACCUGGACGACACAGACCUGCUCAUCAGCGAAGUGUGAGGCCCCCCUCUGGCCCCCCACGUCUGUCUGGGGAACCCCCUGCCCCUCCCACAAACUCCACCCCCACCCCUGAAUGACAGGCGGAGAACUGAGCUGGACGCUAUGUUCAGUGUCUAUGAAACAGGGUGAAGAAAGUUUACAGGUAAUGCCAGAGAAAGUUUCGCAUCUCUUUCAAAGCACAUCUGCAGCCUCACUAUGAGCGUACGGUACGCUGCCAGUCCUUCACUGACACUCAGAGACCAGCAGGGGGCACCAGGAGGCUAACAGGGUUCCCACAGACAUUGUGAAAGGGGAGACUGCCAGUGUCCUUUGUGAAUUUCAUUUUUGUCUUUCUUUUGUAUUUAUUUCUUGUCAGUGGACUGCAGCUCCAUGUCUCUUUACACCCAGAUUUCCUUUAGCGUACCUCCUCUACCUUCAUUUGGUUUUUAAUGUGGCUGUCAGCUAGGCUUCAUUUUUACAGAAAAUCGUGCAGAUAAAUGUGUUUAUUAAUUAACGGGCUCUCUGUGGAUGCAUUGUCCCUGCACAUCGUAAUAUGCACAGAAAAGUCAUGGUUAUUUUAUAUUUUAAAAUUAUAUUGUGUCAUUUGGGAAAAUGGAAAUAACGUGUUAUGAAGGGCAAGCUAAUUUUCCCAGAUCAGAUCAAUCCCAGACGCAGGUACUGAAACAGGUGUGUCAGUUACAGGUACUGAAACAGGUGUGUCAGACACAGGUACUCAAACAGGUACUGCAGUAAUUAAUUUUUUCUCUGAUUACUUACAUUAAUUUUCUCAUUAUUUUUAAUGCUUUCCCUUCAUACCGAGUAUGUAUAACAGUGUGCUGAUGUAGUAUUUUCACGUGACACGUCCCCAAACUCUGGGGAACUGUAAUUUUAACCGUUUUUAUAAUUAUUCUCUGAGGAUUUUCUUAUUUGAUGUCCCGACCAGCCGCCGCCGCAGCAGGUGGAGUCGUUCUUGCCGCCGUCCUGCUCAGAGGAUUUGGGCUGUUUGAGCAGGCCUUUCUGUCCUACUGUGAGAUCCCAGCUUCUCCAGACCUGACGCCGUUUUCAAAACCUCCGAGUUUUGUCCUGCUUGUGUUUGCCACAAUCUCCUCCUCACUGUGAGUGUCAGAUUCUGUGGUUGUCAAAAUAGGUUUGAUUGACGUGAAGGCACGCUUCUGGGAGGCUGGUUCAUCCUGUGGGGUUGGAAACCUGUUUUCAAAUUGUGUUGCAUGUGUGUGUACCUGCAGGUAGGAGGAAAACGUUUUUUUAUAUGUUCACCCUGACCUUUUGUAUCGGAUUACCUUGUGAGCACAUAUUCUUUUGUAUAUCUGUACUGUUUUGCUAGUCUACUAGAGAUAUUCCUGUCCUGCAUUGCCAAAUAGUUCAGGCAGUCUUCAGGUUUUCUUCACUGGUGUCAGGAAACUUAGGAUGGCCUGAACUCUGUGCCGAAAACAUUUUAGCAGUAUAGCUGUGAAGUGCCCGCACUAUUUUUACACAAAAACAACCUCUUUUGGUCCUGUAUUUUUACUGUGUACCAUGUUCCUUAUUUAUUAUGUGAAGUUUGGAAAAAGGAAAUAAACAAAUAAAGAACUAACCGUUUA